AUGAACGUCUUUGACGAAGCUUUCUGGCGUUCCACGAAAAUGCACUUAGUGGCAAGCGGAGCAUGGCCCUUUCAACGACCUUUAUAUAGCAUCCUUCUCAGAUGCAUGGUCUUUUCUUUCGUCGAAAGUAUCAUGAUCCUUGAAAUUAUCAGACUAUUUUACGUCGCGGGGGAUUUGAUGAUGACACUCACCGUUAUACCGGUUAUCCUUUACGUCGCGGUUAUACAAGUCUCAGUUACGAGUAACCACACAAAACGUUUAUUGCUGAUAGUAAAAAACUGCUGGGAGUCUGAUUUAUUGGACAAAGGAGAAAUUGAAUUGUUGCGUAGCGAUGGCCGUAAACAUGGCGAUGCAAUGUAUACUUAUUAUCUUCUUUAUUACUCCCAACCUGCGGUUUAUGCGCUGACAACACUGGCGCCCAUUAUUCUCGACAUAACGUCGCCGUUGAACGGAACAAGAGAAAGAUUUUUCGUUUUUGCUGAAAUUUACGGGGUAGAUGCACAAGAAUAUGCAUUUUAUAUUCAUAUACAUCACUUUGCAGCGUUGUCAGUGUUUACGUGGGCGUUUGUUGCGUUCAAAGCUAAUUAUUGCACGUUAAUUCAACAUGCUUGCAGUAUGUUCACCAUUAUUGGACGUCGUGUAAGAAUUUUAGGAGAUGGACUGGAUGUGAUUACAAGCAAUGAAUUGAAAUUAAAGCUCAUUAAAUCAAUUUCUAUUUGUUUGAAAAUGCAUCAAGACACUCUUGAUUUUGUUUUUCAAUUGGAAGACAACUACAGUACUUUUUUAUUGGGAGUACUUGCGGUCAAUGCAGUCGGCAUGAGUACAAUAGGUUUUCGAUUUAUUACUAACUUGGAUGAUUUUGAACAUAACGUACAAUGUCUUACAUACUUGGCUGGGCAGGUGUUUUAUAUAUACUACUUAAGUACCUUUGGACAAAAAUUGAUUGAUCACAGCGAAUAUGUUUUUGAAUCAAUAUGCGUGUGUAAGUCAUACAAUUUUCCACAAGAAAUGAAACCAAUGGUUAUUUUAUUGAUGUUGAGAAGUCUGAUCCCGACCAAACUAACUGCAGGAAAAUUAUUUAUAAUGUCGUUAGAAAAUUUUGCUAAUGUAA